AUGGCCAGUUACACUGGUGAUAAACUAGAAGAAGACACUAAAUAAAAGCCACCUUCUGGUCCUCGUGGUACUUAUGAAAAUGAUGAAGAGGAGGAAGAUGAUGAUCAAGAAGAAGUUUCUGAUGACACAGAGUCUGAUGAAGAGGACGUGGAGCCCGGAUCUGCUCCGGAAGUUGUAUGUGAUCUGGCCUAUUAUGUUCACCUUCCUGUGACUGCAGAGAUCAAAGAGAUGUUUAAGUAUCACACCAGAUACACCCCACAGACAAUAGAGCUUGACCACAAACUAAAGCACGUGAAUAAAGUGAGUUGUAUUUUGAGCUUUUUCUGCAAUCCCAGGGUACCGCGGCCAGAUGGGAAAGCUGACAAUAUUGGUCUUUAGGUUCUGGAUGAGCCGUGCAUUAAACAGUCUGACCCCACGGUGCUCUCCAUGUGACUUUCAGAAAACAGCAAACAUCACAAUGUUACGGUUCACACACAUACUGUAAAACAACAAUCACAUAAAUAUGUAGAACAGGUUGAGAGCAUUAGUUAACUGCAUAAGUCCAAACCUACUGUACACUACACCAGACCCAUGCCAGGCAUCGACAGGCUGAUUCAAGAGUGGCCGCCUGAAUUUGAGGAACUUUUGGGGAAGCUUAGCUCUUAAACAGUGAAUCUACCCACAGCAGACCUUGACUGUGAUUAUGUAGACAUUAUUUGUGGUAUGUUGGUCCAUUGAAUAUUUAUGACAUUUACAUAUUUGAUGCCUCUCUUAAACAAGUUCACACUCUACUUCGAAUUCAAAAGCUCACAGCACUUUAAAUCUGUAGCAGAGGACCAGAAAUCUGAAACACCAUCUGCUUCACAAAGAGCAACUGCUGAUUUCAGGGGCGUAGCAAUCAUUUAA